AUGGGCGACACAGAAGAGACACAGGCACGCCGAGGCGGACAAGCAAAGCGAAAGAGAGAGACACCAGCAUCGCGUGCAGCAAAUAACAGCAGGAACAGCACACCAAACGCCUUCUCGCGACGAAGUCCGCCUAGGGACCCAGCACCUAUCAGAGAUCCAGAUCCAGAGGAUGAUGGAGAUCGGUCACCACCACGGAAACUGAAGCGCCCAGGCGCCGGAGCACGAGUCUCACAAGCCAACAGGGAAGUCAUGGAGCGAGAGAGGAAGGCGCGAGAAGAGGCGGCACGCAAAGGACUGGAGGGACGACAGAAGGCUGGGGCAGAGUUGAUCGCAGAGCACUAUAACGCUGUCCCCGAGAGAGGACGUGACUGGCGACAAGCGGAGAGCAAGAUUGCAGGAUUGCGUAGUCUGAACAACUGGAUCAAGUCGACACUCAUCCAGAAGUUCUCAAGACCAGAUAUCCCGGUGGAAGAUCUGAAGGUGCUGGACAUGGCUUGCGGUAAAGGAGGUGAUUUGGGGAAGUGGGAGAAAGCGCCACAGGUACCAGUUCUCUAUGUGGGAUGUGACAUUGCUGGCGUAUCGGUUGAGCAGGCACAGCAGCGAUACAACGAGAACCUACGGAAGAGUCGAGGUCGCAACAGGAGAAUGCACGCCGAGUUCUAUGUACACGACACUUUCGGCCGAACUCUCGCAGACAUCCCAACAAUACGCAACGUCGGCUUCAAUCCCAAUGCCGGACCAGGACCUGGUAUGAUCCAAGGCGGCAUGAUGAGUGGAGGAUUCGAUGUCAUCAGCAUGAUGUUCGCACUACAUUACUCCUUUGAGAGCGAGGAACUAGCGCGGGGCAUGCUGAGCAACGUCGCUGGGUCGCUCAAGAAGGGCGGAAGGUUCAUCGGAGUCAUGCCGAAUAGCGAUGUCAUAUCGGCCAACGUGAAGAAUCUACUAUCGAAGGAGACACCGAACGGCGCGACAACGAACGGCGAAGCUCCUCAGGACAGCGCCUCUGAUGACGACGACUGGGAUCCCGAAAAGCCCACAGAACCUGUCGCCACAGCAGACAACGACGACGACGACGACGACUGGGACCCAGAAAAGCCCGCCGACCCCGAACCCGCCCCAAAGCCCACCACCACCUCAAACUCCAACCCCGACCUCCCCGACCUCACCUGGGGCAACGAAAUCUACUCAGUCCGCUUUCCCCGCAAACAACCCAACGACAAAGCUCUACCCCACGACGGCAUCUUCCGCCCACCUUUCGGCUGGCGCUACCACUACCACCUCGAAGAAGCCGUCGAGGCGCCUGAAUAUGUCGUGCCAUGGGAAGCAUUCCGUGCGUUGGCUGAUGAGUACGGCUUGGAAAUGAUGUAUCGGAAGGGGUUUAGGGAGGUGUUCGAAGAUGAGACGCAGGAUCCUGAGUUGGGGAUGCUGGCGGAGCGGAUGAGGGUGUUGAGCAGGGAUCGCACGGCGGGGGAGAAGAGGGAUGGGUUGUUGGUGAAGGAGAGGGAGAUGGAGGCGGCGGGGUUUUAUCAUGCGUUUUGUUUUUACAAGACUUGA